UGUUAAACCCUAAAUUCCAUACAAUUCAUUAAUUUAUCACAAAGUAAACAAUAGUAGUAACAAAUUGCGUGGAAAUGGCCAGCAAAAUCGUCGAAAGCGAUUCGUUCAACCGGUGGAUCGUGGAGAAGCUGGCCGAGUAUCGAGACCGGCUACAGCAUAAUGAGGUGUCCGUCUGGAAGCAGAUCUCCCUGGAUCUAUCAAACGAACUGGAGUUGAAUUGCAGCGAUCUCCGGUGGCAGGAUUUGAGUAGGUACUUCAAGCGGAGUUUGGUGUUCAAGUUGAGCCAUCGAAAGUUAACGGACGAUCAGGGACUGAUUGAUCGGCUGCAGUAUCCGUAUCUGCGGAAGGUGUAUGUAGUAACGAUUAAGUUGUACGAAAGGUAUCAAUCGGAGGGAGAACACGGGCGAUCAGGGAAUAGCAGUGAGAUUGAGGAUAACAAGCUGUUCAUUAAGUACUUGAUGGAUGGAAGGUACGAUCCGGACGUGGUGGCCGCUUUCAGGCGACGCAGCAGAAAAGGAAUGCGCAUCUAUGUGAAUAUUAACGUGGCAGAUCCGGCGUACAAUCUACCGGAGGACGUGAAAAAGCUGCUGCUACAGAUGGAACACAAUCGAAAAGAGCGACCGCAUCGUCAUACCGAAGGGAACAGAGAGGAGAGGGAGAGUUCACCGGUAGUGCUGGAUGGCGUACCGGUGGCGAUCGAAGAUGGUAGUCCUCGGGAGACGGAAAUUUCCGUGAGAGAUCUACUGGAGAGGGAAUCAUUUUCCGUCAACACCCAGGAGUACGAUGAAAUUAUUAAGGAAUCGUUGGAACGAGAACUGUCGCCAGUUCCUAAGAGGCGUCGGGUCAGUUUCGAGACGCACUCUAUCGAAAUAUGGCUGGAAUCGCACGAGGUUUUGAACGCAUCUUUGUCGUCCAUAGCAGCAGCCGGUGGCCAUCAGGAAGAUCCGCUCCACAUGUCUGGUCGGAGUGGAACUCAACGAUUGGAUUUGUCAAAAAGUAUUGCUGUUGAUAGUUCCGUUUCGGAACCAACCGUGAGAAGUCAACCGGCGACGCUGAUUGUGGCUAGUCAGUCGAAUGGUGCGGUGACAGCAACAGCAGAUUUUUCGCAUGAAAUUAUUCGAAUCAAACAGGAACCCGUGGAGGAGGAGGUCGUCAAGACUGUCGGAAAUUCUGUGCAGUGUAGCUCGAAAUCUGGUGGUUUUCCAUUGGACUUGACUUUUAAAGACUCGCCAGAUGAUGGUGAAGAUGCGUCAAUCGCCGCAGUUGAACCAACAACGGUCAAUAACGUAAGCAUAACUACGGCCAGAAGUCAGUGCAGUCCCAAAUCCAUCGAUCAGGGGUCAUCCGCUGUUGUUCAAUCUCAACAAUUGGUUCGAAUCAAGCAGGAACCUGCGGUUAAGGAAAAAUUAGGACAGCAUGAGUCGACCUCUGUUCUUCCUCCGGACUUCUUCGCGGACUGCUCACCAGAAUCUGAUACAGUCGCAGUAUCCAGAAAUGUCAGUAGCUAUAUGUCUUCGACGACCGAAAAUCGAGAAGCAGACAGCAUUAGUCCCGGACGUUGUGUCGAUCAGGGAACUUUUGAUCCUGUAUCUAACAGAACUGUUGCAGGUAUUUCUAAAUUGCAGCAACAAUCGGUUCGGAUAAAGUUGGAACCUGCGGAAAAAGACGUCAAGGUUAACGAAAAAGUAGGACAGCUUGAGUCUACCUCUAUCCUUCCUCCGGACUUCUUCGCAGACUGCUCUUCCGUUUCAGAUUCAGAUGAGAUAGAAUUUGAGGCAGUCGCUAGGUCUUCGACGACCGACAAUAGCAGUAACCUAACUAUGAUCGAAAAUCGAGAAGCCGACAGUAUUAGUCCCGGAUGUUGUGUCGAUCAGGGAACUUUCGAUACUGUGCCUAACAGAACUGUUGAAGGUAUUAUUAAGAAAUUAUCAAAUACAACACAAGAAUCGGUUCAGAUCACGCAGGAUGUUGCAGAUAAAGACAACCUCAACGUCGAAGAGUCAGUUCUUCCUCCGGACUUUUUCUGUGAUCACCUGUCGGUCAGUGAAGAUGAAGCUUCAGACGAUGUCGUUGCAUCGAAAGUCACAGAAAUGACGGCCAAAAAUCACUCCAGCAGUCAUAAUUCUUCGAGAACCCCCUCAGGACCCGUUGCCUCAUCUGUGGACGGUACGAGUAAAUCUUCCGCACAACAAUGCAGUCUACCAGCCGUUCGUCAUUUGGCAGCGAAGAGAAUUUCUCUUCUAAACGACAGCAUGAACGACACUCCAUUGUUUAACAACUCGCUGGAAUCGGUUCCGCAGUACUGCAUUUUGAAGAAACGACACCGCCUCCGAACUCCGCUGGUCGAUACCGAUCAGAAUGUGCUGCUUUCGGCUGUCGCUGCUUCCGAUGACGGGGCGGCACUUGAGGGGCGCUUACCAAAUCAUGACCAAUCGGUUUGCGCCCCGCAAUCGUUGGAUCUUUCGGCGGACGUAUAUUCGAUGGCUAGCGCAAAAGACAGCUUCGACCAACUAAUACAACCAGUGGCGAAGACAUUCCGAAGAUCUGAACAGGAUGACCUAGAUAACUCAACGGAAAUCGCUGAUCAACCUCUAAUGCAACGUUUCGAUAUAAGCCUUCAUUUGGAAUCCCAAUCACAAAACCGCCAUGUCUACAUGCGCGAUCUACAAAAUAUCAAGCUACCUGCCGUUUCAGUAAACGAACCGGGCCCGGAAAAACGUAAUCAUGCGACAGCGAGGGACACACCCAAUCGAAGCUCCGAUUCCAGUCGACUGUUCAUUUCUUUCGACUACGGUACUGAACAGGUCCCGCAAGAGUCCCCGCCGAUGGCGACGAGCCCGACUGCGAUUGCGCCAAGGGUUCAAGAAGAGCAUGCCUCCCUCCAGCCAACCAUCGAAAGUCGGCUUCGAUUCCAGGUCGUAUUGCGGUCCUGUUGGCCGGAGCUUUUUUCGAAGACGGGAACCUUCGGCGAUUUCUAUGAACUACUGUCGAUUCUGGCCGUGAACCUUUUUCCUCGCAUACGACCGACGGACAUCAAUCAAGUCAUGGCACUUUGGCCAAUGUUUAGUGCGAUCGCGAGUCAGAUAGCAUUCGGAACCUGCUUGCCAGCGGGUCCGCAACAGUCAACUAGAACCGCUGUCGUUGCUGCUAACAAUGCGGAAAGCUUAGGAACUAGUCAACAUUCAGACGGAUAUAGUUGUGGAGUGGUAGAUCGCCAAGGUUGUACUGCUGAGAAGGAUGAAGAAUUAUCGCAAAACGAUGCCAGAAGUCGAAUCAAAGUGUCUCCGUCGUCGGUACUCAUCAUAGAGAUCUCCGAGGAUAGUGACACGGAAGAUCUGCCCGUGCGAAAGAAACGUGGAUACAGAGUACGUCAAUGUCCGCAAAACCUAGUAGCAAAGGAUGUGUGAAUACCUCAGUGCCCGACAAAUAGGUAAAUGAGCCUUGAUACAGUCUCACCUCGAUAUAAUGUAACUUUUGAAAAAACUAAAAUCUAAACAAUAGAUGUGCUCGGAAACUGGAAAAUAUUUAAGGACUAAUUUGAUUUUAAAUUGAUUUGAGUUGUAUGAAAAUGUACAAAAUUCAUGACAGGGUCAAUGACGCUGCUACGUGAACAAAAUUAUCAUUCGUGUCCCUCACAGUUAGCAAAGAACACCUUUUUUUUAUCUAGUUCGUUUAUUUGGAAGGCUCAAUCGCGUUAGCUUUACGGAGCCGAUAAUUCAUUGUUCACUGUGUGUAACAAAAUUCACUUAAUUCUAUGUCUAGUAGGAGUUGGGCCGAUUACUCGCGGCUUACUCGA